AAGCAACCGCAUCUCAAAGGGAAGAAGUUGUUCAAUAUUCUCUUAUUGUUAGCGACGAGCUCUUCCUCCGCAACAUGUUAUAGAAAAUUAGUUACAACACAUGCAUACACUCUGCACUGUUAUCAAUUCUGUUUUAGAGCUAAACAUAAUAAGUUAUUUUAUUAUUUAACAUCAUUUAUUCAUUUUGUUAUAAAUACACCUUAUAAUAUAUCACCUUAUAAUAUAUGGAGAGUGAGUGGUGUAAUAAAACUACAGAAGUUCUCCAUAAUUAGUUGUUCUCAAUUCCUAUCAGCUCUCUCUUGCGAAAUUUCCAUUGCAAUCCACAUAAUUUAUUUUGUUGCCCCACCAUAAGGUCUACCUCCCUAAUUGCAUGCAUGUCUUGAAUUUUCUAUCAUCAUCCCAAUUUGAAUAUUCAUUUCUGAAUUUCUUUUAGUUUCUCCAAAGGCUUGAAUUCUCUUGUAAAUUAUUGUAUAGACUUUUGUCUUUUAAAUUUUAAUAUCUUUUGUGGGUUUCACUUUGAGCUGAACAUUUCAGCAUGCUUAUACGUGUUUUAUGAAGUUGUGGUUGGCACAUCAGAAAUUUUCUUUUAUUCCAUAGUAUCAAGUCAAUAUAAGCAAAUCAAUUAUGUCUACUGUGAGAUUAUGCGGUUUGAAGCCAAUGCUCUUUGGACGAAAGUCAUGUGCUUGGGAGCCAAUGAAAAGCUCAACCAUGCCUAAUAAGCCUUCUAAGGUUCUGAAUGAAGGGAAGGGAGAGUCAAUUGAAUGGUCAUUUGUUGGUGCGGACCAAUUGAUUUUAAUGAUGAAGGUCUAUAAGAAGAUAUUUGUCUUCAGGGACAUCAUGGACCUUGCCCCUCUUAAUAGUUCUGCUUCCUUACAUGAGAUGGUUAUUACAACCCUGGAAGAUAUGCAAAGACUUUACCCGGGGAUCAUAUCAAGACAAAGAAUGUCAGAUAUUAAGGCCAAGUCUAUAGAUCAGGGUCUGGCCUACUUCUGUGAGGCUUUAAAGUCUCUUGGAGAGUUUUGGAUGAUGAACAAUGAUGGUGUGGAAAAACACAAUUAUGAGUUACCAUCUUGUAAAGAUAACAUCAAAAUGCCGCAACUGGGUGAAACUAUGUUGGCGACACUUGAUUGUUUGAUUGAUAUUGCAAGUGAGAAGUUUGAUAUAAUGGAAGAAGAUGACCCAAAAAAAGAAUUUAGCCCAACACAUAGCUCCUUUGGAGCAGAUAUAUCCAACUCCUCCUUUCCAGAUAGCAAAUGUUCCCCUCUCACACCGAAAUCUGUCCUUCCAGAACCAAUGAACCAAAGAUCUUCAAUUACCACCUCCCCACUUUCGUCUCUCAGAAUUCAAGCUGUGGGAAAGCUGAACCCAAUUGAUUUAAAGCACUUAUCUUUCCAUAUGUCACCAGCACACAUGCAAAACUAUAACAAUAAGAUAGAGAAGGAACCAACCUUAAGCAUGGAAAUGGAUCACAAAUCUAGAUAUCCUGUAAAGGACACAUCACAAGAUGUAGUUUUUGACUUGGACACAACUGGGGAAUCAUUAUCAGAUAGGACCAGAAGGGAUCAUGGAAUAACAUAUAAUAAACCUCAAGCAAUGGGUGAAGUGGAAAUAUCACUAUCUCCCAAACCAUUAGAAACGCCUAGCCUGCAGCAGAAAGCACUAGGAUCAGCAGCAUCAUCACCUUCACCCCCAUUAAUACCAACUCCACCACCUCCACCUCCCCCUCCACCUCCACCCCUUCCCACACUACACACUGUCCCAUUACCAGUGCUAACACCACCUGUGGCACCAUUGCCUUUGGGCUCAAGUCCAUCACCACCUCCCCCACCAGUGCCCUUCAAAGGUGGAUCAGUUCCAGCACCUCCACCACCAACACCACGUGAAAACGCAGCUACUGCUCCACCACCACCUCCACCUGGAGUAGGGAGAUCCUUGCGGCCUAAGGCAACUACCAAACUGAAAAGGUCAACACAAUUAGGCAAUCUGUAUCGAACUCUCAAGGGAAAAGUGGAAGGAUCUAGCCUCAAAGGUAAAUCAUCCAGCGGGAGAAGCAGCGAAAUUAGAGCAGGAAACACUGGAGGAAAACAAGGAAUGGCUGAUGCUCUAGCAGAGAUGACAAAAAGAUCAUCUUACUUUCAACGAAUAGAAGAAGAUGUUCAAAGGUACACAAAACAUAUUAUAGAACUGAGAUUUGCUAUUACCAAUUUCAAGACAAACGAAAUGACAGAAUUGAUCAAGUUCCACGAGGAUGUUGAAUCUGUUCUUGAGAAUCUAACUGAUGAAUCACAGGUGCUAUCCCGGUUCGAAGGUUUCCCCUCGAAGAAGUUAGAGGCCAUAAGAAUGGCAGCAGCACUCUACCAUAGGUUGGAUUCAAUACUUACUGAGCUUCAAAAUUGGAAUAUAGUGACUCCUGUGGGCCAACUCCUUGAAAAAAUUGAACGUUAUUUCAGUAAGAUAAAAACAGAAUUAGAUGCUUUGGAGCGAACCAAAGAUGAAGAAUCAAAGAAAUUUGAAGGCCACAACAUUGAAUUCAACUUCGACAUCCUUAUAAAAAUCAAAGAAGCAAUGGUGGAUGUUUCCUCCAAUUGUAUGGAGUUAGCACUAAAGGAGAGGCGCAAUGAUGCUAUUAGUGAUGUAAAAAGAAAAGAAUAUGCUAAGUUGCUUUGGAGGGCUUUCCAAUUCGCAUUUCGGGUCUAUACAUUUGCUGGUGGACAUGAUGAUCGUGCUGAUAAGCUGACAAGAGAAUUGGCUAAGGAAAUUGAGAGUGACCCGAACAAGCCAUGAUCUUGCACAAGCUUUCGUGUGAACAGACAAAAUCAUGUGAUUUGCUGAUUAAUAUUAUCAGCAUCUUUGGAUUUCCGUUAGGAAGCUCCAAACCAUGGUUUCGUUAGUUUGAACAAAAGCUACGUUAGACAAGCCUUUGCUCAAUCUUGGUUUGUAAGAGUUUGACAUAUGAUGAGUUUCGUUAGGCAUAAUACUCAUCAUAAGUCCAAAUCCAUUUGGAUAUUAAAUAAUCGUUGGAGAAAUGGAGUUAUAAUUUUUUUAUAGGAGCCAAUCUUGCUUGAUGAGCGUUCAAAAUUAAUCGCGGGAACUCUAGCUACUGGAAGUGUGAAGCUAGACUUGAGUUUCACUACUCCCGUUAAAUUGUUUUAUUUUCUACCUAUUGGACUUGUAAGGAAAGAAUUCCUUUCUUAGUUCUCAUUAUAGUCUUAAUUUCUC